AUGAUUGAAAGCGAGAAAGGAAAGGAAGGGAUUAGUUACAGUAAUUGCUCGGCAUUUUCGGAUGCGUCUGGGUCAGAUCUUUCUUGUACGAUUCUAUCAGACGCGUCGGACAGUGAUCUUUCCGACAGGGAGGAGGCACAACAAGAAGAGUCCCAUGGGACCGACAGCGAUCGCAAGACGACUUCAACUCGAGUAUGGUCAUUUCGGGGCCUUUUCACUUUCAUCCUCGCAAAGGGAAAAAGUAAAAGUAGGAGUAAAUACUUACUGAGAAUACGGCCAAGAAGCACGAUGGUGGCGUAUUUGAACCAGAUCGACCAGUUCUUGCGGACUCCCGGCAAAAUCGACGAAAUCUUCACAGCUGUCGAGCAGAAGACCAAAGUUCAGCGUAAAUUCAUCGGCCUUGGAGGAGCAUUUAUCGCCAUGGGAUUGAUUAUGACUACACUUGCACCCCUCGUGGUCAAUUGCAUCGCCUUUGCCUACCCUGCCUACAAAUCUAUCAAGGCGCUGGAAUCAAGCAACAAAGAAGACGAUACAAAAUGGCUCACUUAUUGGGUCGUUUAUGGAGUAUUCUCCGUCGCGGAAUUCUUCACAGAUUUGAUUCUCAGCUGGUUCCCCUUCUACUACCUCGCAAAGAUGCUCCUCUUUGUCUGGUGCAUGGCUCCAAUCCAGGCGAACGGCUCGCAGUUCAUUUACUCCCACGUAAUCCUCCCCUGGUUCCUCAAGAACGAAGGCAAACUCGACCAGGCGUUUGAUCGAUCCAAGAAGCUCCUCGCCGAUGCUGCCGGAGAAGCCGAAAAAGUUGCGAAACAAGCUGCUUCCGAUGCGUUGCUCAAAGAAGACUAA